AUGACCAGUUGCGAAAUUGCGUCGCGGUACCACCGUGACGUCACUGGAAAACGGAAGAGACCUGCCCGGUACCGCUGUGACGUCACUAUAAAACGGAAGCGACCUACCGUUGUCACCGAAAACAGGCACUUGCACGACACCACUGGAUGUUCUGGCCCGGCGACGACCUCGCGACUGCGAACGCACCGCGGCGGGCCGCACCUCCCUCUACGCCACGAAGCCGGUGAAGCAAUGACCGCGUGGCGCAGAAGUACUAGGAGGGCGGUGAAA